ACACCAUUUCUGAAUCUGUGAAAAAAAAAUCUUCUUGAGUUGGUUGUUGCUGAUAAGUCGUGAUAAAAUAAUUUUAAUAAUCUUUUUAUUCAGAAGUGAUUGAACUCUCCUUUUCCAGAAUCCAAUAUGCCUCGUUACCAUAAGGUAGAAAUAAAUAAAACAGAAUGGAUUGUCCCAGAAAGAUAUCAAAUGCUUACACCUGUAGGCUCAGGUGCUUACGGACAAGUUUGUUCCGCGAUCGAUACUCUGCAUAAUAUGAAAGUUGCAAUUAAGAAAUUGGCGAGACCGUUUCAGUCUGCCGUGCAUGCCAAGCGCACUUAUCGCGAACUGAGGAUGUUGAAGCAUAUGAACCAUGAGAAUGUUAUCGGUCUGCUGGAUGUAUUCAGCCCAGAAAAGACCUUGGAAGAGUUUCAGCAAGUGUAUUUAGUGACACAUUUGAUGGGGGCUGAUUUAAAUAAUAUUGUUCGCACUCAAAAACUGUCUGAUGACCAUGUCCAAUUUCUGGUCUAUCAAAUUCUCCGUGGUCUUAAAUAUAUUCACUCAGCAGGAAUCAUUCACAGGGAUCUAAAACCUUCUAACAUUGCUGUCAAUGAGGACUGUGAAUUGAAAAUCUUAGAUUUUGGUCUAGCCAGACCAACUGAAACAGAGAUGACUGGCUAUGUAGCGACAAGGUGGUACCGAGCUCCUGAGAUUAUGCUGAACUGGAUGCAUUACAACCAGACUGUUGAUAUUUGGUCUGUAGGCUGCAUUAUGGCUGAAUUAUUGACUGGCAGAACUUUGUUCCCAGGUUCAGACCAUAUUGAUCACCUCACAAGAAUAUUGUUUCUGUGUGGACGGCCUGAUCAAGAGACAAUUGACAAAAUAAUUAGCGAAGAGGCUAGGAACUACAUUCAGUCGCUGCCUGCACUGAAGAGACGUGACUUCCGCGAGGUGUUCCGCGGUGCGAACCCUCUUGCCGUCAACUUGCUGGAACUCAUGCUAGAGUUAGACGCCGACAAGCGUAUAACAGCAGAACAGGCGCUUGCACACGAGUACUUAGCGCAGUAUGCUGACCCAGACGACGAGCCCGUGUCGGCGCCCUACGAUCAGAGCUUUGAGGAUAUGGAGCUCCCCGUUGACAAAUGGAAAGAACUGGUGUGGAAAGAAGUGGUGGAAUUCAAGCCUCACCCUCAACACAUGAAUACAGUGGUAGAAGUGACUCCAUCGUAAAGUCAAACAUUCUGUGUAGCUACAGCUAGCACAGAUUCAUGUAAAUCUUGUUGCAACACCGGCUACAUCUUAUAAGCUAGUAAAACCAGGGUAAAUAAUUUCAAAUUAUGUACUUUAUUACUUUUUUGGGCGCUAAAGUAGACAGACCGAGAUCUUCCUUCGUGUUUAAAAGUCAGCCAUUAUAAGUCUAGGAAAUAAACUUUUUAUAAUCUCAUGGAAUAAUAAUCAAGCAUUAGGACAUUUUUAAGACAAUAGACUACAAAACGUACAUACUGUUUAUUACCUAAAGCGGUAGGCGUGUAUAUUCUAUUCGCCAGUUAUGAGCAAAUUUGGCAUCGAAAUGUGUGAAAUAAAGCAUUUUAUGAAGUAACUAGCCACUCCUGCGCGGUUCCACUCGCUCUGCUCAGCUCCUAUUGAUCGUAGCCUGAUGUUUUAUAGCCUAUAAUAGCCUUCCUCGAUAAAUAUUCAACACAAAUAAUAAUUUUUCAAAUCGAACUAAGUUUCAUAGAUUCGCGUAAUAUUAUAAUAGUAUAAGAUUUUCAUAAGUAAAAAUGUUAUGCUGGAGUUGUUUUUGUCAUUUUUCGUGUAUGAGCAAUUCUUGUUUCGAUCAUACUCGUCAGUGUUCGCGAAAUACUUUAAUUCUGGGAAUUUAGAUAGCAGUCCUUAUCUAUUAAUUGAUAAUCCUAAGAUUCCAUAAACUUAAGAUUUUGUCCAGUAUCAGCUUUGUAGUAAACCCAUAGACACUGUCACCUUAUCUGUCUACUGCGUUUUAUGCAAUCUUCUAUUACCCUUAUAUGUAAGUUCCAUAUAACAAAAGCAUAAAUCUAACAUCAUUUGUUAAGAUUUUGAAAAUAAUAUUAAUUGUAUUCAUUUUUUUCAGAUGGUUAUACAUUUACAUAAUUGGUUUUAUCUUUAGGCGAUAAGUAAUAUAUGCACAAAAUAAAAAAAAAUAAUAUAUUAUAAAAUAUUGCUGGUUUGGCCACAACUUUUGGCAUCUGAUGCCUGUGUAAUAUGAAAUACUUUUAGUCAAAUAGAAUAUUGAUGUUGGCGUGUUGGUAUAUAGUCAUUAUAUCGUAUUGUUUUUUGUAAUUGAAAAAGUACAAUGUGAACUUCCAUGUAACAGGUGUGAUUCAGGUACUGCACAACAGUGAUAAGUUUUGUGAUCAACAUUUGUUGUAUAUAGGUACACUGCAUGAUCGCAGGAUCAGCUAUAAGAUAUUUACAGCAUGAUUCUCAAUCUCUCAAAGACUUCUGACAAAUUGACAACAGUCCUUCUGAUAAAUAAACUUGUCAAUUUAGUUGUCUUUCCUAUUUCUAAAUACCUUUUUUGUGCUCCCUUAAUACAAGCUUAUGUACCGAUGCCCAACAUUAUAAUGAUAAUAGUUUGUAAACAUAAUUGUUAGUCACCUGUUCUAAACAUCAAUAAUAAAAGCCUUUAAAAUUGUAGUGAUAAUGAGAGCAAUAUAUUUUAUUGUAUGUAAGUUUGCAUAGACGUGCAUUCUAUUUGUAAGGAAAUGCUUUUGUAAUUGUUGCCUUGCAAUCUGCGUCAUCCGUAGUCAGUACAGUGUCACCCAUUACUAAUUGGCUUUAUACGCUGGUGCUAACUAAUUUUGCUGCUAAUAAUAAUUAGUUAGAAAUAAGGUCUGAAUUGAAAAUCAAGAUUUUUAUAGAUGAUUUUCUAAUUUGUAUGCUUCAUAAAGAACCAUUAUAAUAAAAUAAUAAUCAAUAUGGUUAUACCUACGUACAACUUUUGUUGUCCAUAUUUGAUGACUUGACUAGCCGUCCAUCAAAGUGUUUUUAUUUUUGCUCAGUUUUACACUACACUUGUAGAAAUGUUUACUUUAUAAAAGUAGAAUUGUGGGGUUUGGAGAGGAGUAAGAAACAAUGUGUAUCUAUUUAGAAUAUGAAAUAGAAUAUUUGCCAUUUUUGUGCUGCCACUGAUGAAUUGAUAUAUUAUGGCCUACAUUGUAAGUGGAAGUGAUGAAAACUUCAUAACGAGAAUUAUUGUUGUGCUAGGUACAACAUACAUUGGUCAUGAUUUUGCUUUCACGUUUUUAUUUAGCUUUCUCAGACUAUAGAUAUAUUAUAUAUGUAAUUUUCUUUCAAGUGUACUAGGUGCAGCAAAAUGUAGGAAUAUUAAUAUUUUAAGAUGUAAUCUUAUAUUUUAAUACAGACUAUAUCAACAAUUUGUAAGUAUUACACAACAUAGAAUAUGUAUUUUGUUGAAUUCUAAGAGUAAAAUGGAAUAAUUAAA